CAAACUCUUGGCUUUCUUUCAAAAGGAACCUUUUUUUUAAAAAAAAAUACCAGCCUUUUGGCUUAUUAGAAAUGAAGAAAGCUCAAGCUCCCAUCUUCAUUUCUUCCUUCCUCCUUGUUCUCCUUCUGUCUUGGAGUCCCAUAGUCAUAUCUCAAGAAGUCGAGGAUGAGAGGGAGUUCAGCUAUGAGGAAGGGAGCCCCAAUGGGCCGGAUCACUGGGGAGAGAUACACAAGGAGUGGGCUACGUGUAACAAUGGAGACAUGCAGUCACCAAUUGAUCUGACGCAUGAGAGGGUGAAGAUUUUGCCUGGAUUGGGGAGGCUAAAGAGGAACUACAAGGCCUCAAAUGCAACGCUGAAGAAUCGCGGCCAUGACAUAAUGUUGGAAUGGGUGGAAGGAGGAGGAUAGAUUUGCAUCAAUGGAACUGAGUACCAGCUUAGACAAUGUCAUUGGCACUCUCCCUCAGAACAUACUAUUGAUGGCAAGAGAUUUGACCUUGAGAUUCACAUGGUUCAUGAAAGCUCUGAUGAAAGAAUUGCUGUAGUGGGUAUCAUGUAUAAAACAGGCCGGCCGGACACAUUUCUUUCAGAAUUAACGGAACACAUCAAAGAAGUUGCAGACACCGAAGAAGAAGAGACAAAUGUAGGCACGGUCGACCCAAGGCACAUAAAGAUAGGAAGUAGGAAGUAUUAUAGGUACAUGGGCUCUCUGACAACCCCACCUUGCACUCAAGGUGUUGUAUGGACUAUUACUAAGAAGGUCAGAACUGCUUCAAGAGAACAGGUGAGGCUGCUAAGGGAGGCUGUGCAUGAUGUAAGUUACCCUACUGCUGCAUAUAAUAGCAGUAAAGAGCAUACAAUUAAUUAGGGCCUAUUUGGUUGC